AAAGUCACCGGCACAGGGUUAUUUUCUAGGUUCUGCUGGCGGCCAGUUCUUCAGAAAAUAUUAUUACCGGCUCCUUAUAAACUAUGACAGUGUGCAUAAUCUAUCAGCCGACUCAUUCAUGUUAGUUAGUAGCUCACGAGCUAGACCAGUUACGUCAUGUUUUGAAUAAGCAGAUAGCAUGUUCAGAGUAUUAACACUGAUAUCAGUUCAUUAUGAUACUACGCUGUUUACACGCCGUGAGGAGGUUUAUUCCUCAUUAUCCUACACUGUGUCAGGAUGCUGUCUCUAAGCGGUCUCUAGUUAAAAUCCCGGAGCUUUGGUACUCAGCAAGCGUAAACGCGCGAGGCCUGUCGAAGAUGUCGCUAUGGCCCUUCAGUGUGAGCCCACGGGACUUCAGCCAGCCCAAUGCAUCCUGGAAUGCAGAGAUGCAGGACGUUUAUGAUCGUUAUAAUGCACUGUGUGAGGUUAAUGCUGAAGAAACCGAGAAGAGGCCUUGGCGCAAGCUUCCCAGUUACAACCGCUCUCUCAAAUAUGCUACAGGAGGAGUAUACUUGAGUAAAAUAAUCCAGUCUAAAGCUAGACUCUUCACAAGGAACAUAAAAGAGCAUGGGGCAGCGUUCGAGUAUGUGGUUUUUAUGAACAAGCAGGAGAAGAGAUGUGUGUGUGUGUUCCAGGCUGGGCAUCUACUGGAGGGACCUCCUGGACAUGUGCAUGGUGGAGCAAUCGCUACCAUGAUCGAUACGGUGACAGGUACUCUCGCUGGUUACCUGGUUGGGCCUGUUAUGACUGCCAACCUCAAUAUCAACUAUCGCAGUCCGGUACCACUGGGUAGUGUAGUUGUGCUUCACGGUGCUCUGGAUCGGAUUGAGGGCAAAAAAAUCUUUGUAACCUGUAGAAUGACCAGCACUGAUGAAUCCAAAUUACACACAGAGGCUACAGCACUAUUCAUAACAGUUGGUCCACAAUGGACCUCAUUUGAAGUGCCAUGAGAAAUGUUACCUCCUCUACCUCUCUAUGUAUUCUAGCUGUAUUCUAACAUCUAACUGUUCAAGAUAAGUAUUCACAUUUAAGGUAUUAUUUUGUUAGGCCUUUGAAUGGGUUUGUGAAUAUACCCAGGGUUGGGAGGGUUACUUGUAAAAAUGUAUUCCGUUACAGUUACAGAUUACUUCAUAAAAAUGUCAUCUUUAAUGUAAUCCCAGUAUCACAAUAUGAAUAAUGUAAUCUGAUUAUUUUUGGAUUACUUCAGGGUCACAUAUUGUAAAUAAAGUCAAGAGAAAAGCAAUAUGAUCUAAAAUACUUUUAUUUAGAGCUUAUUUUAGAGCUUAUUUAAAAACAUGUUUGGCUUUGUUUUUAUAAAAAUAAAUAAAUAAAUAAAUAAAAGAUCACUGUCCCUGUUGUGGGUAGCAUUACAUCACAUAUUCUGGUUUUCCAAAAAGAGGACACCUUUUUUAUUUAUUUCAUUUAUUAGCAUCAUAUAUAUAGACAUUCUUAUAUAUAGCAUCAUAUAUAUAGACAUAGCCAGCUUACAUCAAUUAUAAUUGACCAAUUGAUGUAAGAGAAGGCGCGAAUUGCAGAGAGGGGUUAUAGACAUUCUUCUGAAUGCCAGCUUACAUCAAUUAUAAUCGACCAAUUGAUGUAAGAGAAGGCGCGAAUUGCAGAGAGGGGUUAAAGCAAUGCAAAUAUGUGCACACGUUACAGUAUUAGACUAUAAGCACAUCAUAAUGAAACUAUAGCUGAAUCCCGGACAUUUUCUCAAAUUUAUAUGCUUUUUUAAGGUCCAAAAAAGAGGACGUAUGAUCACCCUAACAAAAGCAUUUCAGAGAACAAUUUGUGUUAAUUUCUCCAAAAUUCACUUUGCACAAAAUUUAUUUGCUCAUGCCCAGGAAGUUGCUCACGUGAGUCAUGACUAGCAGGAGAGAACCAGAGCUAUAAUCAAGCAGCUGUCUAUAUUAUUUUAUGUCAAAAGAUUAAUUUCUUUGGUUUUAAAUGAAAAGAAAAUAUCAUGAUAGUAUUCCCAUUUUUGACAAAAUGUACCUGUAAUCUGAUUACUUUGUUUUUUGAUGUAACUGUAACCUGAUUACCUGUAACCAGUUACAUGAUUACGUAACAACAUUACAUGUAUUCCAAUACUCCCCAAGCCUGAAGAUACCAUAUGUAUUAGAAAUAAUAAUGUUCUUGAUGGAUUAUAAAAUCACCACUAAUAGCCACUUGUUAAAAUAACUUGCAGCUAGUAAUGUAUUGAUGGGUAGAUGCAAUGAUUUAAAUAUAUUAAAAAUAUACUAUUGUAUCUAUAGAUACACAUUGGAUUUUUUGAAUUCCUUUAUUUUCAAUAAAGAAUUUCUUAGGUGUAUGUUUAUAUUAAUCUAUUCAAAUAUUCAUGGAGCAAAACAUGCUAUAUGUUUAUCUGAUCUUUAUAAUGUGUGGUCUUAAAUGUGUGGUAAAGCCUUGUAUAGGCUGUUCUUUGAAAAGCACUUGGCCAAACAUUCAGCCAGCUUUGGGAAUGUAUGUUGGUUUUGUCCAUAAGAGUGAGAAAAACAAAACCAAGGUCCAAAACACAGUAAAAGAAACUGGAUCUGUCUUUUGGGUGUUAGUGAGAGCAAAUAAUACUACACUAUUAGAAAAAAAAUGUUGUUGGGCUCUACAAAGUACCUGUAAGGUUUUCCUUAUUGGGACAACCAAAGUGGGUUCUAGAUUGGUCUUUGUAACAACUGAAGUGCUUGUUUGCUAGACAACUUGAAUAAAAGUAAAGUUUAUCUGUGAGAUGUUUCUACCUGUGGUUCAGAAAUCUGAAAUCUGAUAACUAAAUAUCACACACAAAAAUGUGUUUGAUGAUGUAUUUCUUACUCUGCAAUUAGUUUUUAACUUGUACAUCUCAUAUACCUUGUUGUUCCCCCUCCCCCUUCUUUUAUUAUUCCAGUAAAAAGAUCUGAAUAAUAUAAAGCAUUACGGUAAUGAGUGACGUGCUGUCCACAUCUGAAGAAGAUACAUUCAUAUCGUGAGAGAAACUGUGGUCUUAGCACAUGAAUGACAGUAGUCAUUUAAUACGACCCAUUCAGUUUAUAUUCUCAUGUGGUGAUGCCACAUUAGUCUGUUCCCACUGGGCAUAUACCUAUAUGUAGUGCUGUGAAAAAGUGUUUCCUGAAAUAGUAUCCCGAUUUCUUCUGAUUUUGUGUUUAUCUCAUAACAUAUUGUUUCAGAAAUUAAAACAAAAUCUAAGAUACAUCCAAGGCAAUCU